CUAUCUAUACAGCUACACUAUCUCUGAAAAUAUACUGUUUAACAUGCCAUCUGUCAUCUUGCAGGAUAACUGCACUGUAUUUUAAAGGAUUAUAAAAUGUGUAUUGCUGAAAAUAAAACCUAAUACUUUAAUGUUAAAAUGUCAUUAAAUAUACAUGUGUGUACACUAUCUUACAGACUAGUAUAAAAAUAUAAAGUUUUUUUACUCUAUCAUCAACACUUACAGUAUAUUAACAUUGGCAUAGUAAAUAAAUAAAUAAACAGUAGGCUAAUUGAUGCUUUUUGGUAAUACUAAAGUAUUACAAAUGGCACAUAAAUCUCAUAAUUUCAUCUCUGGGCAUUAAUAGGUUAAACUUAACUGCUGACGACAGCAGGUUGUAUAAAACUCUGACCACUCCUACAUUUAGAUCAAAUGUCAGUCAUGAAGACUCUCAAAAGGUCUGAACUCCAAGUGGCUGAGCAAGUCCUCAAGAAACAUCUCCCAAAGAGUUAUAAGGUGUAUGGAUACCUAUACAGCAUUAACAGGGGCAAACCAACACCACUGGAGGUAGUUGUCGAUGCCUGGCCAGAUUUUAAAGUAAUCAUUUGCAGACCUGACCUCACGAAUAAGCAUGUCAUGGAUUACAAGUUAAAAGUGACAGUCUUCAGCAUGGAUGUGCAGAUCUUGAGGACUACGCUGAUACAGGAGAACACUGUUGACUGGAGUCUUAACUUCUUAUUUGCAGGCCUGGAUGCUUCCAAUGUACCCAUUAUCAAGGAAGUUUCUGCCAUGAAAGGUGUAAACCUGAAGACCUAUAUAACAGUUAAGAUGUUGUAUUUGCCUGACAUUAGCCAUUUGAACUCACCAACUGUUGAUGGAGAGCUUGAAUCAAGGACCACAUCGCUUGACGUUUCUAAUAUUGAUUUGGUGAACAACACUUGGAAGUUUGGCGGAAAUGAGCAAGGCUACAGAAAAAUUAACAAACUGAUUUCCAACUUCCCUUCAUUUUGCAUUAAGGAUGAACAGGGCCAGCCAGUGUCGUGGAUACUAGUCUAUGACUACUGUGCUGUGGGGAUACUGUACACUGUCCCUGAACAUAGAGGGAAAGGUUAUGCUAAAGUAUUAGUGAGUGCGUUAGCAAAGAGACUCUACUCUGAAGGCUAUCCUCUCUUCAGCUUCAUAGAGGAGGACAAUACUGUCUCAUAUAAACUGUUCAAGAGCCUGGGCUUCAUUGAAGACCCCUCUUACAGAGCGGUAUGGCUUGAGGUUAACUCCUGACAGGCAAAGGCAGGAAUAAAUUUAAUAAAAUAAUGUAAAAUUGUAUAUAGCCUUGCAGGUUUCACACAUUAUAUAGUUGAUCUGCCUUUAACUUGCAAUAUCUGUUACAUGUGCAGGCUACUAUAGCUGAAACACAUCACUGUAUUAUCUGCUGCCAGACAUAAGAUUUAAUAUGUGCUCUAAAGAGUGAGUCACACUGAAUAGCUCAAUUAAAAUGUUUGCAAAUGAGAAUUACUUCGUUUAAUAAAGGUUAAAUGAGAUAAAUGCAAAUAAAGCUUAAAAAUGUGUUUAUAGUGUAAAUGAUCAGUCAUUGUUUUAUUCAUAUUGAUGUCCAAAAUCCAAAACAAUGUGUAACAUUUACAACAGUAAAAGUUUUAAUACAAAUGCUAUUCAAUUUCACCUUUAUCAGAAAAUCAUGAAAAUCAGGUGUAAAAUAUGCUAUACCGUUAA